AUGGACGACUAUCAGAGGUUUUCUCAACUAGUUUUUCAGGCAAUGGACUUCACUGCUAUAGAUGAAAUUAUCGAACGAGCUCGAAAAAACCAUAACCACAAAACGACUGACGCACUCUAUAAGGAAGCUAUAGCCGAAGUUGAGGCUGCUUGUCAGAAUGUUGACGCUGAAGAAAGGAAACAGUUGCGACAUAUAAUCACGCUGCUUCGUAAAGAAAGAAAAGCGAGAGCAAAAGAAACCGACAGCGUGAAGGAAAUGUACGCAACAAUGCAAUCGCUGGAGAACCCGAUUGACAGUCCUCCGGCAGAUCCAGAUGUCUGGCCAGCACCUCCCCCCAAAAGAACUACCACUCAGACUACUCGUACAAAAUCCACUGCAAACAAGGAGCUCGUGGCUUGA